CCUGUGUGUUAUGGCUCCUCCUGCUACAGUGGAACGGGAAUAACACACCGCCGUACGCGUUUUCUCUUCCACCGGAGCCGCGGCUAGAACAUGGCACAUCGUGCAGUGUUGACGAAUAUCACAUAGUCGAUGUGCUCGGCGUCGCCUCUUCUGCUGUGGAAGGCUUCGACAUUUCCUCAGGAUUAACAGCACCCCAAAUGAACUCCGUCAGAGCCAGUAACGUUAGCAGAAGACCCAGGCGAGUGUCGAGGCCGCGCCCGGUGCAGCCGGAGAGGAACCACCAGGAAAGAGAUGAGGACGUUCCUGCAGAUAUGGUUGCAGAAGAAUCCGGUCCAGGAGCUCAGAACAGUCCCUACCAACUUAGAAGAAAGUCUCUUCCCAAGAGAACUGUGUGUCCGACAAAGACCAACAUGGAGGGUGCUUCCACUUCAACCACAGACAACUUUGGACACCGACCUAAGCGUCCAAGAGUUUCAGGAAAGUGUCCAGAAUUACCAGCAGCUCCAGCAGAGCAGUACUUGCAGGAGAAGCUUCCGGACGAGGUGGUGCUAAAGAUCUUCUCGUACCUGUUGGAGCAGGACUUGUGCCGUGCCGCAUGUGUGUGCAAACGCUUCAGUGAGCUGGCCAAUGACCCCAUUCUAUGGAAGAGGCUUUACAUGGAAGUUUUUGAAUACACACGACCCAUGAUGCACCCUGAAGCAGGGAAGUUCUACCAGAUAAACCCAGAAGAGUAUGAGCAGCCAAACCCGUGGAAGGAAAGUUUUCAGCAGCUGUAUAAAGGAGCACAUGUUAAACCAGGCUUUGCAGAACACUUCUACAGUAAUCCUGCCAGAUACAAAGGGAGAGAUAACAUGUUUUAUUAUGACACCAUCGAGGACGCUCUCGGAGGCGGUCAAGAGCCUCACUUUGACGGCCUCAUAUUCGUCCACUCUGGUAUUUACACAGACGAGUGGAUCUACAUCGAGUCGCCGAUCACAAUGAUCGGAGCAGCUCCUGGAAAAGUAGCAGAGAAGGUCAUCAUUGAGAACACCAGAGACUCCACGUUUGUAUUCAUGGAAGGCUCAGAGGAUGCUUACGUUGGCUACAUGACCAUUAGGUUCAAUCCUGAUGAUAAAUCCGCCCAGCACCACAAUGCACAUCACUGCUUGGAGAUUACAGUCAACUGCAGCCCCAUCAUCGACCACUGCAUCAUACGCAGCACGUGCACAGUGGGUUCAGCAGUAUGUGUCAGCGGCCAAGGUGCUUGUCCCACGAUCAAGCACUGCAACAUCAGUGAUUGUGAAAAUGUCGGGCUUUAUAUCACCGACCAUGCACAGGGAAUAUAUGAAGACAACGAGAUCUCCAACAACGCUCUGGCUGGGAUCUGGGUGAAAAACCAUGGCAAUCCAAUUAUCAGAAGGAAUCACAUCCACCACGGCAGGGACGUGGGUGUUUUUACAUUUGACCACGGCAUGGGUUACUUUGAGAGCUGUAACAUCCAUAGGAACCGUAUAGCCGGCUUUGAGGUAAAGGCCUACGCCAAUCCAACGGUGGUUCGCUGCGAGAUCCAUCAUGGCCAGACGGGGGGCAUCUACGUGCACGAAAAGGGCCGUGGCCAGUUCAUCGAAAACAAGAUCUAUGCAAAUAACUUUGCGGGGGUGUGGAUCACGUCUAACAGUGACCCAACAAUAAGGGGCAAUGCCAUUUUUAAUGGCAAUCAAGGUGGCGUCUACAUUUUUGGUGAUGGCCGAGGCCUCAUCGAAGGAAACGAUAUCUACGGUAACGCCCUAGCAGGAAUCCAGAUCAGGACAAACAGCUGCCCAAUUGUCAGACACAACAAGAUCCAUGAUGGCCAACAUGGCGGCAUUUAUGUGCAUGAAAAGGGACAAGGAGUCAUCGAGGAGAAUGAGGUGUACAGCAACACACUGGCGGGAGUGUGGGUGACAACAGGCAGCACGCCAGUACUGAGGAGGAACAGGAUACACAGUGGGAAGCAGGUUGGGGUCUACUUCUAUGACAAUGGCCAUGGGGUGCUGGAAGACAAUGAUAUCUACAAUCACAUGUACUCUGGAGUUCAAAUUAGGACUGGCAGCAAUCCCAAGAUCAGGCGGAACAAGAUCUGGGGAGGUCAGAAUGGAGGCAUUUUGGUCUACAACUCAGGCCUGGGCUUUAUCGAGGACAAUGAGAUCUUUGACAAUGCCAUGGCUGGAGUGUGGAUCAAGACGGACAGCAACCCCACUCUGCGGAGAAAUAAGAUCCACGACGGGAGAGAUGGUGGGAUCUGUAUAUUCAAUGGAGGAAGAGGUUUGCUAGAGGAAAACGACAUCUUCAGAAAUGCCCAAGCAGGAGUCCUCAUUAGCACCAACAGCCACCCGGUCCUGCGGAAAAACAGAAUAUUUGAUGGUUUUGCUGCAGGUAUUGAGAUCACCAAUCAUGCGACAGCAACCCUAGAGGGCAACCAGAUCUUCAACAAUCGCUUCGGGGGAUUGUUUCUUGCAUCUGGUGUCAACGUUACGAUGAAAGAUAAUAAAAUAAUGAACAAUCAAGAUGCAAUUGAAAAGGCUGUUAGCAGAGGUCAGUGCCUGUACAAGAUUUCAAGUUACACCAGCUACCCAAUGCAUGAUUUUUACAGGUGUCACACCUGUAACACCACAGACCGCAACGCCAUCUGCGUGAACUGCAUCAAGAAGUGUCACCAAGGACACGACGUGGAGUUCAUCCGACACGAUAGAUUCUUCUGUGACUGUGGUGCAGGGACUCUGUCAAAUCCAUGCACAUUAGCCGGAGAGCCGACUCACGACACGGACACACUGUAUGACUCAGCUCCUCCUAUAGAGUCCAAUACACUGCAGCACAACUGAGCUCCAGAGCUGAAGCCCCCUUCACUCCAGCAGUAACGGACACAAGACACUUUACGUUGUGCGGCGGAGGACAAAAUCCAAUCUAAAGUACAGAUUCACUUUGACAGAGCAUAAACAGUGACUUAAAAAAAAUAAAGACUCUACACCAAUAUGCUAAAAGGAGACAUUUAGAGGGAAAACCUAAAGUCUGAUGGAUGCCUCACCUUUUUUCCUCCUCAAUUAUUUUACAAACAAAAAAAGACUUCAGUGGGACCGAGCAGAGGAGCAGCUGACUCAGGGGUUGUGUUGGUUCAGUCAAGUUAAGGGAAACUGAUGAGAUGGACAAAAAGCCACAGGCUCUCCUGCUACCGAAGAAGUGGAGGAACGAGGUCCUGCAGUCAUGUACAGUCAGGGGAGGCACAACUUUUCUCAUGAGGAGGCAAAUUCUCCAAAACACAGCAAUGCUUCCAUCACUGGGCAACCGACGUGCUCGUACGAUACGUACGGGAAAAAUGACCUAGCACUUCAGCUUUUUCUUCCCCCCCCUUGAGACAACUGUUGAGAUUUUGAUUUUAAUGCUUUUUGUGUAGUUUUGUAUUUUCAUGCAAAAAUCUUACUGUACUUGAAUGUCUUUAUUUUAUUAAAUGUGUUUAAAUUUU